AUGGAUAUCCGCGUCCUACGCCCAUCGGACAUUCCGCAUGUUCAGCUUGCGAACAUUACGAAUUUGCCCGAGAACUACUUUUGCAAGUAUUACUUGUAUCAUGCGAUGAGUUGGCCGCAGUUGAGCUAUGUGGCUGUUGAUGUAUCCCGCCCCCCCAAAACCCCCUACGACCCCCCGAAGAUCGUAGGCUACGUCCUCGCCAAAAUGGAAGAGGAACCCACCGACGGCGUGCAACACGGCCACAUAACCUCCCUCUCCGUAAUGCGCACCCAUCGCCGCCUCGGUCUCGCCGAGAAACUAAUGCGCCAAUCCCAACGCGCCAUGGCCGAGACCUUCAACGCCCACUACGUCUCCCUACACGUCCGCGUCUCCAACAACGCGGCCCUGCAUCUCUACCGCGAAACCCUCGGUUUCACCGUCGACAAGAUCGAAGCGAAGUACUAUGCUGAUGGUGAGGAUGCGUAUAGUAUGAGGAUCGAGCUGGCGGAUUUGAAGGAGCAGUUGAGGGAUGAGGAGGAGGAGAUUUUUGGGAGUGAGGGGCUUGAUGAGGGGGAUGCGGUUGGGAGUGAGGGGCAGGAAGGGAAGAAGGUUGCGAAGAAGGAGAGGAAGACUAAGGUCAAGGUGGGUAGGGGCAAGGGUGUUGUGGAUCUUGUGGAGAAGAAUGAGGCGGCUGCUGCUUAG